AGGAUAUGAAAGUAAUGGAACCUCAGACUGAGAAUAAUAAUGUGAAAGUAGAAGAGAAAUCACACAUCGAAGAGAAGGACAUUGUUGGAGAUCGGGGUAGUAAUGUAAUUAUGAUGAUUCUUAAAGGAAAUUUGUUUGCCAUUAAAAGGGUUAUGGAGGAUUAUUUGCUACGAUUUGGUUCUUGUGGAGGCAAAUUGGAAAAAACUAGGACUUACCAAGUUUGGCCCGGGAAAAAUGUAUUUUUCUUCCAUGGCCGUCUUGUAUGUGGGCCGGAUCCAAGAGGGUUGAUCUUAACGACUGUUUCUAUACUAGUUUCUGAUUGGGUAUUUUCGGUUUAUAUUGGUGAAGAUCUUCCAAACCAUUCCACUCUUAUUGUCACAUUUUCCUUCAUUUUAACCAUAAUUGUAAGUAUAGUUCUUGUCAAUUUGGUACUGGUUAGUGCAAUUGAUCCAGGUAUUAUUCCGAGAAAUGAGAAAGAUCUGGUGGACUGCACUCCUGGGAUUAGAAGGAAGAGGGUUAUAACCAAUGUUAAUGGGGUAGAAAUGAACCUAAAGUAUUGUCGGAAAUGUAAGAUUUUUAGGCCACCCAGGAGUUGCCACUGCAUUGUUUGUGAUAAUUGUGUAGAGAGAUUUGAUCAUCACUGUCCUUGGAUUGGUCAAUGUAUAGCACUGAGAAACUACAGGUUUUACCUUUCAUUUGUGGUAUGGGCCUUGGCUUUCUUCAUAUACAUACUUGGCUUCUCUUGCUGGAGAAUCCACCAAACAGUUCAGCGAAUUAGCGGCAAUAGUAGUUCCAGUUUGCUAGCCAUGCUGUUGAGGAACUGCCCUGAAACACUUGCACUGGCAUCAUUUAGUUUCGCAGCCAGCUUUUUCUUAAGUGGCCUUGUCAUAUUUCAUGCCUAUCUUAUUUCAAUAAACCAGACUGCUUAUGAGAACUUCCGAGAAUGUUAUAUGAAUCGCAAAAAUCCUUAUGACAAAGGAGUUCUAAAUAACUUUAAAGGGAUUUUGUUUACGAAACUACCAUCUUCUAAAGUCGAUUUUCGAUCAGAAUUAGCAUCAAGUUUGCAUCCUGUAGCUGCAAGUCAUGAAGUUUGAUUAGUACCAGUUGUAUUUAAUAAUAAUAUAAAAACAUGUAAUUGGUAUUUACAAUAUGCUAUUGUGAUCAUAUGUACAUUUGGCCACAAAGUUUUG